CAGUUCAAAACUAACUAUGAAAAGAGAAUGUUUAAAGUAGAUAUUCCAUCCAAUGACACAUCCACAGUGGCUUCCAUAAUAAACAAUGUGUCAGAAGCAAUGGAAACCCUCACCCGAAUGAAAGAGGAAAUAGUUCCUGUUCCAGGGUCUGUAAAUGGAGUGAAUGCCCUUGGCUUGGUGGUUUUCUCAAUAAGCUUUGGCCUGGUGAUUGGAAGCAUGAAGGAGCAAGGUCAGGCAUUAAAAGACUUCUUUGAUAGUCUUAAUGAGGCUAUCAUGAGAUUGGUAGCUCUAAUCAUGUGGUAUGCUCCACUUGGAAUCCUCUUCUUGAUUGCUGGAAAAAUUGUUGAGAUGGAAGAUAUGGGCGUGAUUGGUGGUCAGCUUGCCAUGUAUACUGUGACAGUUAUCAUCGGUUUGCUAAUUCAUGCUGUCAUUGUCCUACCUCUUCUCUACUUCCUGAUCACUCGUAAGAACCCUUGGGUAUUUAUUGGAGGCUUAAUCCAGGCAUUAGUCACAGCUUUGGGAACAUCUUCCAGUUCUGCAACACUACCUGUUACGUUUAAGUGUCUAGAAGAAAUAAAUGGAGUGGACAAACGAGUUACAAGAUUUGUACUCCCAGUUGGUGCUACAAUUAAUAUGGACGGAACUGCUUUAUAUGAGGCUUUGGCUGCAAUUUUCAUUGCACAGGUUAACAACUUUGAUCUGAACUUUGGGCAGAUUAUCACAAUCAGCAUCACAGCUACAGCUGCCAGUAUUGGGGCUGCAAGCAUUCCAACCAUGGUCAUUGUGCUUACUUCAGUAGGUUUGCCUACGGAUGAUAUCACUCUUAUCAUUGCAGUGGACUGGUUCUUGGAUCGUCUCCGUACUACUACCAAUGUCCUGGGAGACUCCAGCAGAGCAGGAAUUGUUGAACAUUUAUCACGGCACGAGCUGAAGAACAGGGAUGCUGAAAUGGGUAAUUCUGUGAUAGAGGAAAAUGAAAUGAAGAAACCAUACCAAUUGAUCUCACAAGAAAAUGAGAGUGAGAAACCAUUAGAUAGUGAAACCAAGAUGUAG